AUGCCGCAGGCAGGUGGUUCCAACGCCGCAGGCAGGGGGUUCCAACGCCGCAGUCACGGGUUCCAAUGCCGCAGGCAGGUGGUUCCAACGCCGCAGGCAGGGGUUCCAACGCCCCAGGCAGGGGUUCCAACGCCCCAGGCAGGGGUUCCAACGCCCCAGGCAGGGGUUCCAACGCCGCAGGCAGGGGUUCCAGCGCCCCAGGCAGGGGUUCCAACGCCGCAGGCAGGGGUUCCAGCGCCGCAGGCAGGUGGUUCCAACGCCCCGGGCAGGUGGUUCCAACGCCGCAGGCAGGUGGUUCCAACGCCGCAGGCAGGGGUUCUAACGCCGCAGGCAGGUGGUUCCAACGCCGCAGGCAGGGGUUCCAACGCCGCAGGCAGGUGGUUCCAACGCCGCGGGCAGGGGGUUCCAACGCCGCAGGCAGGGGUUCCAACGCCGCAGGCAGGUGGUUCCCACGCCCCAGGCAGAUGGUUCCAACGCCGCAGGCAGGUGGUUCCAACGCCGCAGGCAGGGGUUCUAACGCCGCAGGCAGGUGGUUCCAACGCCGCAGGCAGGUGGUUCCCACGCCCCAGGCAGAUGGUUCCAACGCCGCAGGCAGGUGGUUCCAACGCCGCAGGCAGGGGUUCCAACGCCGCAGGCAGGUGGUUCCAACGCCCCAGGCAGGUGGUUCCAACGCCGCAGGCAGGGGUUCUAACGCCGCAGGCAGGUGGUUCCAACGCCGCAGGCAGGGGUUCCAACGCCGCAGGCAGGUGGUUCCAACGCCGCAGGCAGGUGGUUCCAACGCCGCAGGCAGGUGGUUCCAACGCCCCAGGCAGGUGGUUCCCACGCCGCAGGCAGGGGUUCCAAUGCCGCAGGCAGGUGGUUCCAACGCCGCAGGCAGGUGGUUCCAACGCCGCAGGCAGGGGUUCCAAUGCCGCAG